UUAUCCUCAUCAAUCGCAAGUCAUCUACCCACCUCGUUCAGCGGUCAUGUAUCAGCCACAACAACUGCCACCAUCAUCAUCACAACAGCCAUCAUAUCAACACAACAGUUUUGUAUCUUCGGCUUUGGUUCCUAAUUUCGACUUUGGAAACAUCCUGUGCAAACAACGGAAACAACAAAAUGGGUUUGACAACAACCUGUUCCGAGAAUAUCCAUUAUUGAUACCCGCUUUGAUGUCGAUCGUGAUUGGCCACACGAUGUCCAUGAGUACCGAAGAUCUCCUCUCACAUACACGCCUUUUGUCAACACCUACCCCAUCUUCCAUGGCACGCCCGUCAGCGAAUCCUUUUGGCGGCGAUCUCUAUUUUGGUAACAAAAUGACACCUGGAUUACGACGUCCAUUCCAAGAUGGCUCUACAUUGUCUAAAAAACAAGUACAUGCUAUAUGGGAAAAUCUAUUGGAUAAUAUGGUGAUGGUCCGAUCGAAACAGCAAGUAUUAUCCACAACGAAGGAAGAAGACGUUGAAGCAUCUGUUGUUCAAGAAAUGGUAAGAACCAGUAUGAAAUGGGAUCAAGAACAUCGUAUCAAGAAUGAAGAUAACAACGACGACGAUGAUUAUUAUGAUGAUGAUGAUGAUGAUGAACCUUGGUACGAUAUGCCGGUGACUGGAUUCAAGGCUAUUUGUCCUUUGUAUUGGAUGCAACGUCAAUUCUGUCGUUUUGUCAUUACUUAUGUGGUGGUCAAGUAUCCUCAUUUGGAAAAUUCUUGCAAAACCUAUUUACCUAUUUGUGAACAGUAUAGACGUCGUCUUGUCACUGCUUAGUUUGUAGUUUUUUUUUUUUUCUUUCACUCCUUACCCAUUCCCUUGAUUUUACAAUGAUUUUUUCUCCCUUUUUUUUUGUAUAUAGUUUCUUUUUUUUUUGUGCCAUUGUCUCUCUAGUUUAUUUUUUUUGUCAUGUCUCUCCAAUCAUUUCCCCCUUCAAGAAAAAUGUAUGGUUUUUAUAUUUAUGUUUAUCAAUAAAAUGAUGAUUUGACAUCAAAUGUCAUUCUUU